GACAUUGGAGCGGCUCCUUCCAGGACAUUGUCCGACAAAUGCGGCGCAGCCUUCUCUGCCCAGUCGGCCACAGCCUGGAACCCGCGGAUUUACAAUCGCCUCUUCACGCAUCUUUGGGCCUAGGGGCUCCCGCUGUCGUCCUUCGGAACAUCGUGUGAACAUGAGGUGGUCCGUGUGUCCAAACAUGCUCUAAGUGGGUCUGUGGUCUGUGAUCAGCUGUGGUCCGUUUGCACUGAACCAGGAUGUCCAGCAGCUCCGGCUACCCCCCCCCCAGCCAGGGGAGCUUCAGCACCGAGCAGAGCCGCUACCCCCCCCACUCUGUCCAGUACACCUUCAGUGGAGCACGACACCAACAGGACUUCACCGUCCCAGACUAUCGGACCCACAUGCAGGAUCCACAGGGUCGACGGAGGCCGUCUCUACUGUCAGAGUUCCACCCAGGAACCGAAAGACCUCCAGAGCGUCGCCAUGGUUACGAACAGUCCUUCCACUCGGUCUCUGCUCAGCAGGACCACGAGGCUCUGGAGCCCAAACGGCCUCGGAUGGAGUCCAUGGUCGACGCCCACAUGGCGCGCGGGGCGUCGGCCUCCGGGAGCGUGGUCCUGCCCAUGCCCCACAGUGUCCAGGACAGUCUGAGGGCCACCGUAGAGGUCAAAAAGGAGUCUCAGUUCUCGGUCAAAGUGGAGACCCCGUCCCCCGGGGGCCCCGGUGUCCACAUGGGCGAGGACCAGGACACGUCCCCGUCCAAACUGUCCAAGGAGGAGCUGAUCCAGAGCAUGGACCGGGUGGACCGGGAGAUCGCCAAAGUGGAGCAGCAGAUCUUCAAACUGAAGAAGAAGCAGCAACAACUGGAGGAGGAAGCAGCGAAGCCGGUAGAGCCGGAGAAGCCAGUGACCCCUCCCCCUGUGGAGCACAAGCACCGCAGCAUCGUCCAGAUCAUCUACGACGAGAACAGGAAAAAAGCAGAAGAGGCUCAUAAAAUCCUGGAAGGUCUGGGUCCGAAGGUGGAGCUGCCUCUGUACAAUCAGCCGUCAGACACCAAGGUUUACCACGACAACAUCAAGACGAACCAAGUGAUGAGGAAGAAGCUGAUUCUGUUUUUUAAGAGACGGAACCACGCACGUAAACAGAGGGAGCAGAAGAUCUGCCAGCGCUACGACCAGCUGAUGGAGGCCUGGGAGAAGAAGGUGGAGCGCAUGGAGAACAACCCCCGACGCAAAGCCAAGGAGAGCAGGACCCGAGAGUACUACGAACGGCAGUUCCCUGAGAUCCGCAAGCAGAGGGAGCAGCAGGAGCGCUUCCAGAGAGUCGGACAGAGGGGGACGGGCCUGUCUGCCACCAUCGCCAGGAGCGAGCACGAGAUUUCAGAGAUCAUCGACGGUCUGUCCGAGCAGGAGAAUAAUGAGAAGCAGAUGCGCCAGCUGUCCGUCAUCCCUCCUAUGAUGUACGACUCGGAGCAGCGCAGGGUGAAGUUCAUCAACAUGAACGGUCUGAUGGACGACCCCAUGAAGGUCUACAAGUCCAGACAGUUUAUGAACGUGUGGACCGAGCACGAGAAGGAGAUCUUCAAGGAGAAGUUCGUCCAACACCCCAAGAACUUCGGUCUGAUCGCCUCCUAUUUGGAGAGAAAGUGUGUGGCAGACUGUGUCCUCUAUUACUAUCUGACCAAGAAGAACCACAACUAUAAGACACUGGUGAGAAGAAACUACGGACGCAGACGGAGAGGAAACCAGCAAAUCCCACGUCCCUCACAUGAAGACAAGUCAGACGAGAAGAACGAAGAGGACAAAACUGAAAAGUCCGAUAAAAAGAGGACGAGGAAAGAAGGACGAGGAAGAGAAGAUGAGAAGGAGGAGUCCAGUGAGUUCCAGCUCGCCCGAUGGUGUCUGAUCAGGGUCACACCGCCCUUUGGACUUCACGGUCGCAGAGUGCACGUGGUGUGGCGCCAACAGGAAGCUGAGGUUGAGGCUGAAGCUGAGGCUGAGGUUGAGGCUGAGGCUGAGGUUGAGGCUGAAGCUGAGGCUAAGGUUGAAGCUGAGGCUGAGGUUGAAGCUGAGGCUGAGGUUGAAGCUGAAGCUGAGGCUGAGGCUGAGGUUGAAGCUGAAGCUGAGGCUGAAGUGUACAUGCAUGAGCCUGUUGGACAGAAACGCUGCUAA